UGAUGCGUAGUUAAAACUCUUUCACUACUAGUAGCUUUAGUAUAGACCUUAUUUCCGCGAGAUGAGUACAAAAGUUUGUGAAAAUAAGAAUGUUUUUGCCGACGCUAAGUUUUCUUUUAUUACCUCUCACAACAAAAAUGGCCACAAUACGAAAAAAGUAUUUAAGCGAGAUUUAAGUGUAUUUCAGGCUGAAAAGAUUACUGAUGUCUCUAGAAAAGAAGAUAAAUUUAAUGAGUCAAAGUUUGAAAAAGCUUUCUGCCGUUUGCAGGACUUAACUAUUAAGGCCACUUUACGUGUAAAGGAGAUCAAUACUCUGGCUCUUGCCAAAUUUGCUCAAAGAAAUAUUGGCAAAAAACAGAAAAGCGUAGGGUAUUGCUAUGCUCCACUAAAGGAAACUCUACACUUAAACUGCGAGAGCUUGGAAUUUGAAGUGGAAUCUUUUCAUUUGAAAAAAAAAAACGGGGAAAUGAGCCCUCUUCUAAGUAAAAAACGAGCGAUUUCUUUAGCUUUUAGACUAGGCGAUCAAGUAAUUGAGAUUUCUCCGAAAGAACUUAACUUUUUACCUUAUAAAAACCUACUCAAACUUAAAAAUAACGAUUCAACUCUCUACAUCGCUGUGUAUGAUGAGAAAAAAACAGUUCAGCAGAAAAUAGUGGGAUCCAUAAAAGGGGUUGAUGGACAGGCUUCCUUGGUAGCAACUCUCGCGGUGCAGUUAGAAACUUUUAAUGAGCAAAGUAAAGAAUCUCGAAACUACUGCAUCGUUGGCGCUCAUCAGUAUAAUAAAAAGAAAUUUUUACUUACGAUGAAGGCUUGGAAACGGAAUCCCAAAAAUAAUAAAUUAUCUAUAAGAAAAACGUAUAAAAAUACAACUCAUCAAGGCGAUCUUUUUUUUUUCAAGGAGAGUAAAUCGAUUUGGAUUUAUCAUCACUGCCGCUUAAAAAAUGGAAUCCUUUCUUUGUUUGCUGAAAAUGAUCUCGAGGAAUUUAAAUUCUUGCUUUUCAGAUUUUUUAGAUUAUUUAAAAAAAAAAAAUUAUAUUGA